AUGACAGCUUCUAACUCAGGAUCUUCGCAAUCCACUUCCGGCAAAAGGCAUUCAAAGUCUAGAAGUAGCCGUGAAUUAGGAGGAAGCAAAUCAAGACGUUCGUCGCAUUCGCACUCCAAAUCUCGUUCCAAGAAUGUGAAGUCUCCUGACAUUGAUGAUCUUGUUGUGGGACAAAGCCCUCAGUAUCAUCGUCGCAGCUCAAGCUCAAGCAAAAUUAGAAGCAGCAAGUCGGACGGUAAUCUUGCAGGCAGUAAACACUCCUCUCCUCACCGCCGGAGAUCUAGUCGAAAGUCCUUAAGGAGGAGCAAGACAUCAAGGAGGAUGUCUUCUAGCUCGCACUCGAAAGCCAAACAUGUUGUGUCGGACAACGACGAUGAAGACUUGUCGGAUGACGAUCUCGCAGUGGAAACCCCAGAGUUUUACCGAUCCGCGGAUAUCGACAAGGAAUCCAAGCGUAAAUCAGACCAUGGACUUCGAAAGAAACUGGAUCAAGAGGCAAAGGGACGAGCUCGAUCAUCACACCAUUCCAAUAAUGGCGGGUUACUAUCCGAUUCCGAUGAGGAAGAGGAUGAUGAUGAGGAUGCAGCAAUGAAAUUGGCUGGUGCGAGAUACAGUAUGAAAUCAGGCCCAGGAGCAGUUCUCUCAAACCACAUGGAACUUAUUCCGAAGAGUAUUCAAUCGGAAAACAAUCGAACGGAACUUUCCUCCACUUCCACUCAUAAAAAGAAAAGCAAACGAAAGCACAGAAGAUCUGACAGAUCCCAAGGGAGUACUUCUCAUUCCUCGGAUCGCACUCCUCUUGAGGCGAUAGCUGCCCCCGAUGAGGACGAAAUCGAAGCUGCUCUUCGGCGAGGGAGAUCGGAAGGUCAGAAGGUCUUUGUGGCUAGCCCUGCACCCAAGGGCGACCGUAAAAGCCGAAAAUACAUGUACAUGUUCGGCGCUUUUGUGGUGUUCGUGAUUGCGGCAGGAGUCAUUACAUGGAUGGUGGUAUCCAAAGACUCGGGCGAUACGAUCAUAUAUCUAACCUACGAUCCACCCACUGAAGAAGACUGUCUAGCAAUCUCAAAGGGAACGGAGACCGAAAACCAGGUGGAAAAGACAGGGACGUUCUUUGGAGUUGAACUGGAUUUUGCAGUGGCUGCUAACAUCGACAUUGGGUUUCUUCAAACCGAGCUGGAAAUGCGAAUGCAGCGAGACGUUCUGCCUGGGAUUGCUGGGUGUGAGCUACGAGCUCCUAGCAUCAUCCAAAACAACAUUUUCAUUGUUGAGAACGCGUUGGUCAAGUCGAUCUCUGUAAGCAACCCUGUGACAUGCAACCGGAACUCCGAAGAUCUCUGUUCUUCUGUUGAUUUGGAGUUUGAUGUCAUUUCGAAAGAUGACGAUGUGGAAAACGAAGUAUUGCGGGAUCUGAUCAAGGAUAUGUUCAACAAUGAAGGGUUGUUGGAUCUACUGUACUUGGCUUCGCCAGUGCAAAAUAUCUACUUUGUUACUGCAUUUGAAAUCACCUCAUCUGAAUCUCCCAGUUCGAGCCCGUCAAUCCAAGAGGCCUGUGAUGCCAUUGCCAAUGGUACUCCUGUCGCGGGACAGGAAGAUCCAUUGGUAGUUGUCAUUGGAUACGAUAUCUUGAUGGAUGUCACUUUGAAUUCAGAAACUGACGACUUCUCGCAGCAAGCCAUGACACUGGAGGAGGAGAUUCAGCGCAUACUCAUGCCCAUCUUAGCUGGCUGCACAAAUCAACGUCGGCGUCUUCAGACUGAAAGCUCUAUCGUCAACGCUUUGGUCUCUGUUGAAGCUAGCACCGAUGAUGCUUGUUUGCCUGGUUCCGAGAGCCCUUGCCAUCGCUUUGUCAUAAACCUUGAUAUCUAUGCUCAUCUUACCGAUACCGCAGUUGAUUUUGCGGGUGAGAUUACCGAAUUGUUUCGCGAAACACCAUUGGUCGAGCGUUUAGGGCUACUGUCACCUUUUAGAAGCAUUACAACUGUGGCGAUUCUUUCCGACGACGCUUCUAAAAGUCCAUCUGUCCGACCAACCAAAUCGCCAUCAGUGAAUCCAACGUUGUCACCAGUUACAUACCCCACUACCGCCGAGCCCACAAAAACGCCGACAAUAACACCAACAAGGAAUGCAACAAGAGCACCUGUCGAUGCACCGACAAAGUCUCCGACCCGAAGUCCUACGAAGAGGCCAACUCUUGUUCCAACAGUGCAACCUGUAGUUGGUCCAACGCUGGAGCCAACUUUUGUUCCAACACUGCAACCUAUUGUUGGUCCAACGUUGGAUCCGACGUUGGAGCCAACCCCGUCACCCACUCUGCAACCCAGUGCUUUGCCGACUGUAUCAUCUAGUGUUUCACCGACUCUAUCGCCCUCAGCUGAUCCAACAGCCAGACCAUCGGUGUCACCAACACCCGAGCCGUCUUUUCUACCUUCAUCUGGGCCUUCUUUGGCCCAGACACCGAAACCUUCUGCAUCACCUUCGGCUCAGUCUCCCUCUUCCUUCUCUUGCUUUCAAAGCAACAAUGAUCUCCUGGAUGCCGUUAGCAACUGGUUCAUCUCCUCUGAGCUAAAAUCUUCAGUCGAGGCCCAAUAUGGACUGAUCGGAGAGUGGUGUUUUGGUGCAGGUGUGACAAGUAUGGCAGAGCUAUUCUUCAAUAGAUGGACAUUCAACGAGGACAUUUCCAGUUGGGAUGUUUCUUCUGUGACUGAUAUGCGACAGAUGUUCUACCAAGCAUCAUCUUUCAAUCAAGACCUGUCAUCAUGGGAUGUUUCUUCUCUGACUAGCAUAGAUCAAAUGCUCUUCAACGCAAACGCUUUCAAUCAAAAUCUUUGCCCUUGGGGGCCGCGUAUUCUGAACAGCUCCAUCAAUGUUUUGAAUGCAUUCACAAACACCCAAUGCCCUUCGGUCGAUAACCCAGUUUUGACUUCGGAUCCACGAGGUCCAUUCUGUCACAUAUGUGUCUAG